CAGCCGCCCCGUACUUGCGUACCUCACCAUCGUCGGACACGCCUCGGCCACUCUUGGCCUUUUCACGCGCCCUACACAUUCUCCCUUCCAAGUUCCGAUCCUGUGAGUCAUGAAAUCCAAAGGAUAAUAAACAUACCAUAAGAACAUCUCCUUGUGCCUUUUCGCCACAUCCAUUCACACAAUUAUGACUCUCCUCUCUUCUCGAGGCCGCGGGCUUCAGGACUUCUACCCACCGUAUUUCGAAAUCUUCGACGAUCCAUGGAAUCCGGAUACGAAUCCAAAUGGCUACUUAAACCUUGGAGUUGCUGAGAAUACUUUGAUGCAGCCAGAGAUGAAAAAAUACAUUGACCAGAAUAUCGAUCAUGAUCCACGCAGGAUGAACUACGGCGACGGGUUCUUUGGCUCGAAACAAUUGAACUCUGCAGCAUGCAAAUUCUUGAAUAAGACAUUUUCACCUACUACGCCCUUGACUUCGUCACAUCUGAUCGCUACUGCGGGUGUCGGUAAUGCUUUGGAGGCUUGCGCCUGGGCGUUGUGCGAGCGGGACGACUACAUACUCAUCGGACGCCCUUAUUGGGGUAGCUUCAAAUUUAUGUUUGGCGCUCGAGCAGGUGUCAAGAUCAGAGAGGUUUCCUUCGGCUCCAUCGAUCCCUUCACACUAGAAGCUGUGAGUGUAUACGAAAAGGAAUGCGAGCAAGCGCGUAAAGAAGGGAAGAAGGUUUCGGCACUUCUUCUUUGCACUCCUCAUAACCCGACGGGACGCUGCUAUUCUAGAGAUGUCAUGGAGGCCUACCUGGCUGCUUGUCAAAGAUUAGGCAUUCAUCUCAUCAGCGACGAGAUAUAUGCGCUGUGCGCUUGGGACAACCCCAAGGCGCCUGAUACAACUCGUUUCACUUCUGUGCUAUCACUAAAUGUGGAAAAAUUCAUCGACCCAAGCAGAGUCCACGUAGUAUGGGGCACGAGCAAGGACUUUGGUGUUGCUGGCAUCCGCAUUGGCUUCCUGAUCAGCCAGAGCAACCCGGAAUUUCUCAGAUCCGCAAGGAGUAUCUCGCUAUUCAACUAUCCGUCCAGCAUAGCAGACCACGUGGUGGCCAAACUCUUCGGUGAUGAACCCUUCAUGGAAUGGUACCAUGCUGAGCACCGAGCGCGACUUGCCACUAGCUAUCAGUUCGCGGUCGACUUCAUGGAAGCCCAAGACAUCCCAUACAUCCACACACAUGCUGGCCUGUUUCUUAUGAUCAAUCUGGGAGCUAAAAUGUUUCGAGGCAUGACAGAUGACGAGAUCCAUCAAAAGUUGAAGGCGCAAAAGGUUUACAUUUACUCUGGCAAAACUUUCACCUAUGAGGAGCCUGGCUGGUUUCGCCUUGUGUUCGCGCACCCGGUAGCGACAUUGCAAGAGGGUUUCAAACGACUUCUUCGGGCAUCACCGCAAGGGAAGCAAAAAUUGCCGACAACGCAACUUGAGAAUCUUUGCAUCGACGAGAACUCGUGCGGACAAUGAGAAUACUGGUGUGGCCAGUGUUGAAUGAACAGUCCUACGAAGUUGUUUUCGUUUUUUAUGUUGACGCUUCUCGUCCUCUCAAAGUCGCACACUAUUCAAAUGAGUGAAUACAGUAGGUGUGAACAAAGUUUCUCCAGGCCCGCAGUUUUCUUCCCUCGCCACAGAUGCAGUCUUCGUCUGAGUUGCAACGGCCCUGCUGCGUCUGCUAGCAUCUAAAGCACUAGCCAGAAGUCAGCAGGGAGCUCUAUUCCAGCACAAAGUGCUGAAGCAGUGAUUGCUCCCUCACCCACCGG